CAAGAUACAGGCUGUCCACUUUAUUGGAAAUACAGUAAGCAAGUACUGGAAGAUUUAUGACCAUUGAGAUAUUUAAUAUAGUGAAUGGUCAUGCAUGUAGUAAUGUUAGCUACAUUAGAGUAUGCCGUCUUGUGAUUUGUCUUCCUUUUGAGCGCUUCUAAUGCAAGACGAGACUGACACAGAGGCUGACUCAGGGUGGAGCUGGUUGCCGUCUUGGAGACCGACCUCAAUGUCUCUCCUGAAGAGCACAGAGGCAAAGAUCCUGGCCUGUAUUCAGAAUGACCUCUGGGCUCGUUUUGUCACCCUGCCCACCCAGGACAGGAUAUGGACGCUCACUGUGACUAACAGGAACUUCCGCAAAGCUGCUGAGCAGGUCUCUCAGACCCCUCUGGUGAUGGUGCACGGGUUCGGGGGCGGGGUGGGGCUGUGGAUCCGGAACCUGGACCCUCUGUGCCGGUCUCGGCCCGUCAUCACCUUCGACCUGCUGGGCUUCGGCCGCAGCUCACGGCCUCACUUCCCCUCUGACCCCACCCAGGCCGAGGAGCGCUCCGUCUCCUCCAUCGAACAGUGGAGGCAGGCUCUGGGCCUGGAGCGCAUGAUUCUAUUGGGCCACAGUCUGGGCGGUUACCUAGCGACAUCCUACGCUAUCCAGUACCCUGAGAGGGUCAGUCACCUCAUCCUGGUUGACCCCUGGGGUUUCCCGGAGCGGCCGCAGCCUUUGGCCGAGGGGUCAGAGGGUCAGGGAUCGGAGGUGAAGCGGCCUGCCCCUCCUCGCUGGGUGAAGGCGAUGGCGUCGGUACUCACCAUGUUCAACCCCCUGGCUGUCAUCAGAGCGGCGGGACCGUGGGGCCCAGGGUUAGUGAACAGGUUCCGCCCAGACUUCAAGCGAAAGUUUGAGGACCUGUUUGAUGAUGACACCAUGACACAGUACAUCUACCACUGCAACGCCCAGAGUCCCAGCGGGGAGGUGGGUUUCCGGGCGAUGUCAGAGUCUCUGGGCUGGGCGAAGAGGCCGAUGCUGCAGAGGGUGCACCUGCUGCCCCCCUCCCUCCCCGUCACCCUGCUGUACGGAGCACGCUCCUGGGUGGACAGCUCCACUGGGCUCAGGGUGGGCCAGCUGCGGCCCCACAGCUACACCAGCGUAGUGGUUAUAGAAGGAGCAUCUCACCAUGUCUAUGCGGAUCAGCCUGAGGAGUUCAACAGAGUGGUGCAGAAUAUAUGCGACAGUGUGGACUGAGUGUGUGUGUGUGUAUCUGAAUGGAUGUGUGUGUUUGUCACUGAUUUAUAUUAACUAUAUUAUAUAGAUUAUUCAUCUAUAUUUAUUACAUAGUAAUAACAACGAUUAACUGGACUGGCUAGUGCUCGAUGAGGUAAUCAGGCAAUUUCAGAGACUCCAUCCAUGUGUUCUUGUUGGAUCCAAUGUCAGGGAGCUAAUCCAUUUAUGAUAGAGGUCAGAGGUCAGAGGUAGGCAUCAGAGUUUGUGUGUGUGUGUGUGUGUGUCUGUGCGUG